AUGGAAGAGGAGUUCCUGAAGAACUCGAACGCAGCCAUCGCUGCGAAGGCCGCCAAACGCCAGGACAAGGAGGAGGACGUCGACCACGAGGUGAACAAAGUGGACGCUCUUAGAGGUAGGCAUUCACUCGUCAGUGGAUUCACGGAUUCAGUAAUUGAAUUGUCUUUUCGGCCAACUCUGGGAUCAACUCUGGGAUCAACUCUGGGAUCAACUCUGGGAUCAACUGAAGGCACUCCGAUGACUGUCGGCAAUCUGGAAGAGAUCAUAGACGAGAGUCACGCCAUUGUGUCGACAGCGCACGGACCGGACUAUUACGUGGCGAUCAUGUCGUUCGUGGACAGGGAGCAGUUGGAGCCUAACUCAUCAGUGCUUCUCCACCACCGCUUACACGCCGUCGUGGGAGUGAUGGCCGAAGACGUGGACCCGAUGGUGAAUGUGAUGAAACUGGAAAAAGCGCCGCAAGAGACGUACGCAGACGUCGGCGGUCUCGACAAACAGAUCCAAGAGAUCAAAGAGAGCGUUGAGUUGCCGUUAAGUCAUCCGGAAUACUACGAAGAGAUGGGUAUAAAACCCCCGAAAGGCAUCAUUUUGUACGGACCGCCCGGCACUGGGAAGACACUGUUAGCCAAAGCGGUGGCCAAUCAGACGUCCGCUACUUUCCUGCGAGUUGUCGGCUCUGAAUUGAUUCAGAAGUACUUAGGCGACGGACCAAAGCUCGUGCGACAGCUGUUCCGCGUGGCCGAAGAACACGCGCCCACUAUUGUCUUCAUCGAUGAGAUCGACGCCAUCGGCACUAAGAGAUACGACUCGAAUUCUGGCGGUGAGCGUGAGAUCCAGCGAACAAUGUUAGAGCUGUUGAACCAAUUGGAUGGCUUUGACAGCAAGUCUGAUGUGAAGGUAAUUAUGGCCACCAAUCGGAUCGAGUCGUUAGACCCGGCGCUCAUACGGCCCGGACGUAUAGACCGGAAGAUAGAGUUCCCGCUUCCGGACGAACAGACAAAGCGUCGGAUUUUCAACAUUCACUCCAAACGGAUGACACUCUCGGAUGACGUGAACUUCGAUGAGCUCAUUAUGGCGAAGGACGACCUGAGCGGCGCCGACAUCAAAGCCAUGUGCACUGAGGCCGGGCUUAUGGCGCUCCGUAUGAGACGUAUGAAAGUGACGGCCGAAGACUUCCGCAAAUCCAAAGAGAAUGUUCUCUACCGUAAGAAAGAGGGCACUCAUGAGGGACUCUACUUAUAAGGACAGACAGACACCAGUAGUUGAAGGACAGACACCAGCAGUUGAUUCCAUACUUCUAAUAUAAUCUCAAUUCAUAUCCAAUACUAGUUUUUAUAAUGAUUUCGAUGUAAACUCUUUAUGAAAAAUAUUUCUCAUUUAAUAAACACUUUGAAAAAUAACAAAA